AUGCUGAUCAACAACAUGGCGCAUGAAAACACCCGGGAUAACAUCCCCAUUCACAGUGAUUCCGAGCAAUCUGAAAGUGAAGAUGAGAACAUUGAGGCCCCUCCACCCUCUCAAGGUCGACGAACCCAGAAUAUGCAGUUUGAGGCCCUUCUUUCUCGACGAGCACGAGAAGAUACAAUUAAACAGACCAAAAAGGCAUUUCGUGAUAAGCCGGACGAUGAACUCACCAUAGCCAGCCUGGUGGCCAAGAAAGGCUCUGGGGCCCAGAUCCUGGAUCCACGAGCUUAUCAGAUUGAACUGUUCGAGCGAGCAAAGACACGCAAUAUCAUUGCAGUUCUUGAUACUGGCUCUGGAAAGACCCUGAUUGCGGUGCUUUUGCUCAAACAUAUGUUGCAACAAGAGCUGAUCGACCGCUCCGCUGGCAAGCAGCAUCGUGUAGCCUUCUUCCUGGUCGAUAGCGUUACUCUAGUUUUUCAACAAGCGGCUGUUCUCCGGAACAACCUAGACCAAGAAGUUAGCCAUUUCUAUGGAGCCAUGGGCCUAGACCUAUGGGAUCAAGAAGCCUGGAAUAAGCACCUCAAAGCAAACAUGGUCAUUGUAUGCACAGCCGAAAUCCUCCACCAGGCGCUACUCAACGCAUUUGUCAGGAUGAAACAAAUCAAUCUGUUAAUUUUUGACGAGGCGCACCACACGAAGAAGAAACAUCCGUAUGCACGAAUUAUUCGUGAUUCCUAUCUCAAGGUCGAUUCGUCAGAACGUCCAAAGAUCUUUGGCAUGACAGCGUCCCCCAUUGAUAGUAACGUUGAUAUUGUGGAGGCAGCCAUGGAGCUUGAAGUUCUUUUGGAUAGCCAGAUUGCAACGACUUCCAAUCUAUUUUCACUGCGUGCAAUCAUCAGAAAGCCAACAGAAGAGACAUGGACCUACAACAGACUUGGGCGACCCUUUGAGACACCGCUAUUCAAGAAAAUGAAAGAUAAGUUUGGGGACAUGAAAGUUCUUGCACCUGUUCUUAGAUUUGCUUGGGAUGCCAGCUCAGAGCUGGGAAUUUGGUGCGCUGAUCAAAUCUGGGCGAAAGCUCUCGCAGAGGAUGUGAUACCGAAACUUGAAGGCGCCAUAAACAAGGAACCCACCCAGAACCUGACCACCGUGGAUGAUAUUUUGAGAGAUGCUCGACGAGUCAAGGAAGCUUGUGAGACUGUGAAGGGACAUUUGUUCCAAAGCCCCUUGGAACCAGGCCAACUAAGCUCCAAGGUGGAGAUUCUCGUCGGUAUCCUAGGCCAUCAUUUCCGCCAGUCAUUAGACAAGAAAAGCAUUGUCUUCACCGAAAGGCGAAACACGGCUAAGAUUUUGCUACAGCUGUGUGAGCGAUUGAAAAUCACAAACCUCCGUCCUGGUGUGCUGGUUGGGGUACGGAGUUCUGAUUCCACAGGAACAACCACGUUCCGUCAACAGUUCCUUGCCCUAGUCAGAUUUCGAAAAGGUGAAAUCAAUUGCCUGUUUGCAACAUCAGUUGCUGAAGAAGGUCUUGACAUCCCGGACUGCAAUCUCGUUGUCAGAUUCGAUCUAUAUAAAACUAUGAUUCAAUAUAUUCAGAGUAGGGGUCGUGCGAGGCAUGAGGAGUCAGUUUACGCGCACAUGCUUGAGAUGGGAAACGAUCAACAUCAAAAGCGUCUACAAGAAUUUCAACAGGCAGAGAGCUUGAUGCAGCUAUUUUGCAACGCGCUCCCUCGGGACCGACUCCUUCUAGGAGAUGAGGUCGAUAUAACCCAAGUCUUGGAAAUAGAGGAAGGAAAGAGGACCUACACCAUUCAAGCUACGGGAGCUAAAUUGACAUAUCCUCACGCUACUAAUAUCCUCUCGCGCUAUGCAGCAUCUCUACAAAAUGAGAGAGACACAUCAGCUUCUGUCACUUUCUUCACCGCUACGAUAGGAAGAUCUUUCUUCUGCGAGGUCAUCCUACCAGAAAAGUCACCAAUCCGAGGUUUGAUAGGAGGAUUGGAAUCAACAAAGAUCAGGGCAAAACAGUCAGCUGCAUUUGAUGCAUGCAUCCUCCUUAGGAAAAAAAACCUUCUAGAUGACAACUUCAGAUCAGUCUAUUUCAAGCGACUCCCAGCCAUGCGCAAUGCCAAAUUAGCGAUUUUGUCGAAAGAGACCGACAAGUACACUAUGAUAACCAAACCUUCCAUCUGGAAUGAAAUGCAGGGCAACUUGCCCGACAAAGUUUAUGGCAUGGUCUUCAAGCUUUGUCCUACGGAACCUCUCUCCCGGCCCCAUGAUAGCAUUAUACUCCUCACCCGAGUACCACUUCCGGGAAUACCAGAAUUUCCCAUUUACUUAGAGGAUAACAAGCAAACCAUCAUUCAGACCAUAGUUCUUGACAUGCCGCUUUCUGUCAUCACUGAAGACCUAUCCUGUUUUUCCCAAUUCACAAUCGCUGUUUUCCGUGACGUUUUUCAUAAGACCUUCGACCCCAUAUUAGAGAAGUUUCCGUACUGGCUGGCUCCAGUUAGAUCGGAUGUCAAGGUUGUCAAUUCAAUUGAUUCGCCACGAGACAUAAUUGACUGGGACACUUUAUGCUUUAUCAAGGAACAUCCCGAGAUAACAUGGACCAAGGAUAUGGAGCCUUCUUCUCUUUUGCAUCGUUUCAUCUAUGAUGGCUGGGACGGAAAGAGGCGAUUCUUUCCAGUGAGCAUUGAUACUACCCUCCGGCCGUCAGACCCCCCACCGUCUUAUUCGACUCGUCGAAAAUGGAUGCAAGACAUUAUGAAUUACUCGUUGAGUCUUUCCAAAAACUCCCGACGAAGGGCUCUAGAAAAGGUAGACUGGGAUCAACCGGUAUUUCAGGCGGAAGAAGUUUGUCUUCGAAGGAACUUCCUGGACAAGGCCUCAAAGGAGGAAAUGACAAAGGUGGGGAGAUGUGCAAUUUGUCUCGAACUACUUAAUAUCUCUUCGAUCCCUAUCUCCAUCGUGACUUCAUGUCUGGCCUUUCCUGCUAUCAUGAGCAAGCUCGAGUCUUACUUAAUCAUCCUGGAGGCAUGUCAGCAUCUAGGCCUAAACAUUCGACUAGAAUAUGCAAUUGAAGCUUUCACCAAGGACUCAGACAACACAGAAGAACAUCGCGCUCUUCAGAUUCACGUGCAACGAGGCAUGGGGAAGAAUUAUGAGAGACUUGAAUUCCUCGGAGACAGCUUCUUGAAGAUGGCGAGCUCAAUCUCGCUUUUCUGUCAGAAGCCGGAUGACGAUGAGUAUGACUAUCAUGUCCAUCGGAUGUGCCUCGUCUGCAAUAGGAAUUUGUUCAAUGCCGCCAUAAAAAUCAAUCUCUUUGCCUACAUCCGCAGCCGCGGCUUUUCCCGACACACAUGGUAUCCGCCAGGACUCCAGCUUAUUCACGGUCGAAACUACCUUGCGCAUCUUGAAUCCGAAGGCAAGCAUACCCUGGGAGAAAAGACCAUUGCGGACGUGUGCGAGGCACUCAUAGGUGCUUCAUUGCUUACAGGAGGGAAGGAGAACCGAUUUGACUUAGCGGUCGAAGCAGUGACUAUUUUUGUGGAUAGUCCAAAUCACACCGGAAAGUCUUGGCGCGACUAUGUCUCAUCCUACGUCAAGCCAUCUUACCAGCUCAAAGCCACGGAUGGAGUUGAGAUUGAUCUUGUUAAUAAGAUCUUCCAAAAGCUAGGCUAUCGAUUCCAGUACCCCGCUCUACUCCGUUCUGCCUUUACCCAUCCUUCAUAUCCGCGUGACUGGGCGAAGGUUCCUUGCUACCAGCGAUUGGAAUUCCUCGGGGAUGCACUACUGGAUAUGGUUUGUGUUGAGGACCUGUUUAGCCGGUUCCCCGACAAGGAUCCGCAGUGGUUAACUGAGCACAGGAUGGCUAUGGUGUCGAACAAAUUUCUUGGCGCACUUUCAGUGAAGUUGGGAUUUCAUCGCCAUCUUUUGCACUUCAGUAAUCCUAUCCAGGCAUCCAUCACCCAGUAUGCCGAGAAUAUCCAGAUCGCCGAAGAAAAUAGCAAUGGGUCGAUGGACUACUGGCUCAUCGAGGCCAAAGACUCCCCUAAAUGUCUACCGGACAUGCUUGAGGCAUACCUUGCCGCGAUUUUCGUUGAUUCGGGCUUUGACUACAAGGUCAUUGAAGAAUUCUUCACGCGCCAUAUAAAGCCUUUCUUCGUUGACAUGUCCCUCUACGACACAUUUGCCAACAAACAUCCGACGACAUAUCUGUACAACCUGUUGACGAACGUCUAUGAAUGCACAGAUUACUGUCUCAAGUCGGGUGAACUUCCGGUGGUCGAUAACGAGCCGCCAACCAUUUUUGCUGCCGUCAUGAUACACGGAAUUUCUGUUGCGGAGUCAUUUGGAAGCUCCAGUCGAUAUGCUAAAAUCCGGGCCAGUGAAACGGCAGUGGAAGCAAUCGGCGGGAUCCUUCGAGAGGACUUCCGCAAAAAGUAUGGCUGCGAUUGCCGCGCCUCUGAUGUCCAGAAAAUGAAGGGCCCCGAAUUCGGCACUGCGAUUUGA